AUGCAUGCCCAAAAAUAGACACCGGAAGUUAUAGUAUUUUUAAGGUAGCGGUCAGGAUCAAUAACAUAGUGAGGGUCGUAGUACUGUAUUACUGUAUACACAAGAUUAGUACAAUAGUAAUAACGUCCAUCUCUAUCGAUAGCAUUCUCAUUAGUAGCGAGUUUAGUCUCAGAAUAUAUCGUUUUGACGUAAUUUUAAGCGGUUAAACAUGAAACUUUGUAAACUUGCACGUUAAACGACUUGUCUAGUUCGGUGCUAUGGUCUAAGCAGGCUGUCAUGCUAAGAUAACAAUUGUGAUAUCUUGCGGCACUUUCGCAAGAAUGUCUGUCUGAGGUGCAAGUUCGUACAAAUUGUUGAAAUGAUGAAAGGGAAUUUUUGCCUGCUGUUUCUGCUGCUCAACGUGCAACACACGGCAUCUUCAUCCAACGGUGUUAGUGCAAGUCUCAAAGCCAAGUGGCACGCGACACCUUUCCUUUUGGAGACAAGUGAAUUUAUUGGAGAGGAUGGCAAUGAAAAAUUCUGGCAGUUUGUUGACACAGUUAAAGAGCUCACUGUGUACAAGCAAGGAGAGUCAGUGCGUUCAUACUACAACCUUAUCAUUAGGAAAGCUAACCAGUUCCUCACGGAUCUUCAAGUCAACUUGUUGAAAUUCGCUCUGUCAAUGCGCUUCUACUCGCCAGCUGUUCACGCCUUCCAGCAGAUUGCCAGUGAUGAGCCUGCACCUGAAGCUUGUUCGGCUUUUGUCUCCAUUCACGGCCAACGUACCUGCAAAACAAAGACCAUCAAGAAGCUUCUGAAGGCAGCUGCAAGCAGGCCCUAUCCGUAUUUGUACAAAUGUGAUCAUAUAUAUCCUGGGGCUAAUAAAUCAGACGUCCCGGUCGUGAUCUUGUAUGCUGAGAUUGGAACCAAAGCGUUCACCAACUUUCACACCGUGCUAACAGAAAAGGCUGAUGGAGGUGCACUCAUGUAUGUACUGCGUCAUUUUGUGGCGACUCCACAGAAGCAGAAGAUGCUUCUAUCUGGCUAUGGAGUUGAGUUAGCAAUCAAAAGCACAGAGUAUAAGGCAGUGGACGACACUCAAGUGAAAGAUUCAAAGACAAUCAUAAACGCAGAGGAAAAUGAUAACGAUGAAGUCCAAGGAUUCCUUUUUGGAACUUUGAAGAAAUCUCAUCCGGAACUCAAGGAACAACUCGGUGAACUUCGUAAGCAUUUACUGGAAAGUACCAACAACAUGGCUCCCCUUAAAGUGUGGGAGCUGCAAGACCUAAGCUUCCAAGCGGCUGCCCGGGUCCUGUCAGUGCCUAAGUUUGACGCUUUGAAACUCUUGCGAGACCUCAGUCAAAAUUUUCCAAGCAAGGCAAGAUCACUGACAAGAGUGGCUGUAAAGCACGAGAUGAGAAAAGAAAUUGAGGAGAACCAAAAGCAUCUAGGUGAGACCAUUGGUGUUCACCCAGGAGAUGGUGAGCUUUUUAUAAAUGGUCUACACAUUGAUCUGGAUGUUCACAACCCUUUCAGCAUUUUGGAGAUCCUUAGAAGUGAGGCCAGGGUCUUGGAAGGUCUUCACAACCUGGGUGUAAAAGGAGAGCAUCAGAGCACGCUGCUGAGAUUGCCUGUGAACCAUGUGGCAGACAGCUACGCCUUAGAUAUCAGACAUCCUGCUAUAAUGUGGAUGAAUGACAUUGAGAAUGACCCAAUGUACAGCAGCUGGCCAGCAGGUGUCCAGGAGCUGCUGAGAACCACUUUUCCAGGAGUCAUUCGACAGAUCCGACGGAAUUUCUUUAACUUGGUGCUUUUCUUCGAUCCAGAAGAGGAGAAAAGUGUUGAGCUGGUGAAACUCGUGGGACUCUUUUACAAACACAAGAUCCCCCUGAGAAUUGGAUAUGUGUUUGUUGUCAACGCCGAAGAUGAGAUUGAUGGCUUCUCGGAUGCGGGGGUUGCCUUUUACCGACUCCUGAAUUACAUCGCGGACGAGUAUGAUUUAUCCCAGGCCCUGAUCUCCAUGGCCUCAUUGUACAACAGAGUCAAUGAAGGAGAAACAUUGACAAUUGACACAAUCACUGCUUUCCUGAAGAGCAAAUUCCCUAAUGCCAACGCUGAACGCAUCUUUGGUGCCGAAUCAGAGUAUGAUGACAAAAGAAAGGAUGGCAUCCUCUUUUACAAAAGGAGCGGCUUGGGUGACCUUCCACUUGCGUUAUUUAACGGUGUUCCCCUGAGCCCUGAUGACAUGGAACCGGAUGAGCUGGAGAGCAUCAUCCUUCAGCGCAUAAUGGACUAUACCACUGACUUCCAGAAAGCUGUUUUCAAGGGUCAUUUGACUGAGGGAACAGAUGUGGUGGAUUACCUCAUGGAGCAACCCAAUGUGGUACCAAGAAUGAAUCCACUCAUUCUAAAUGUAGACAGGAAAUAUCUGGACUUCACUUCCUCUCCAGUUGUAAGUGACUGGGAGGACACAACUAUGUUUUCAUUCCUGGACACCAGAGACAAGACCGCUGUGAUGGCGAAGAGAAUUAAAUACUUGACUAAUCAUGACAAAGACGGGAUGAGUGCUGUUACGAUGUGGAUUGUCGGAGAUUUUCAGAAAGUCUCUGGAAGAACGUUGUUGCUUGCUGCUCUUAAACAUUUGAGAGCCAGCCAAGGAGUGCGUGUGGGAGUGAUGGCUAAUCCCAGCGGAAGGCCCAGCAAAGAUAACACGGCCGUGUACCGGGCUAUCUGGGCUUCACUCCUUACCCAGAAGAAUAAAGCUGCGGUUGAGUUUGUGCAAAAACUUGCAAAAGAGCAAAGUUACCAGCUCCUCCAGCAGGGGACCAAGAUGAAGGACUUACUGCUGCAGGGCAUGGACACUGAUGCCUUUGAGAAGAAGUUUAACACGCUAGAAGUGGAUUUUGUCCGCAGUCAGCAGCUCUUUUGCCGGGAUGUCUUAAAACUGAGGGCUGGAGAGAGGGCGGUCAUCAUCAAUGGCAGGAUCCUGGGGCCACUCGAUGAGCAAGAAGAAUUCACUGCAGAAGAUUUCCAAUUGCUGGAGAAGAUUACUCGAAGCAGCUCUGCCGAGAAAGUCAAAGCUCAAGUUAAACUGAUGGGGAUGAAGCCAAAGCACGCAAGCAACCUGAUCAUGACAGUUGACGCUCUAUUAACUUCAGCCCCCAAGGGAGAGGUCCGAAGGGAAGUGAACUUUCUCAAACACAGCCACAGUGUGCUGCAGCUCUCGCCUCGUGAAAACGAGGUGUUCUAUGAUGUGGUGGCCAUUGUUGACCCGCUUACUAGGGCGGCACAGAAAAUGGCCCCCCUGCUGAUUGUACUCAGUCAAGUGGUCAACUUAAGGCUGCGCUUGUUCACCAAUUGCAGGGCCAAGUUGUCCGAGAUGCCUCUCAAGAGCUUUUACGCUUUUGUGUUGGAGUCUGAUGUCACCUUCUUGGCCAACGACACAGUGUCUGCCGGUCCGGUGGCCCGGUUCACAGAGCUUCCCGAAUCACCUCUUCUCACCCUUAAUAUGAUUACACCAGAAGGCUGGAUGGUGCAGGCCCUUCGCAGUACACAUGACUUGGAUAAUAUCCACCUGCAGGAGGUGGGCGGAACUGUGACUGCAGAGUACGAACUUGAGUAUCUCUUGCUGGAGGGCCACUGUUUCGACUUGUCGACCGGCCAGCCUCCUCGUGGAUUGCAGUUUACCCUCGGCAUGAGUCGAGAUCCCUUCAAGUAUGACACAAUUGUCAUGGCUAACCUGGGGUAUUUCCAGUUGAAAGCCAAUCCUGGUGCCUGGACACUAAGGCUGCGUGAAGGACGAUCAGAGGAUAUCUACCAGAUUUUGUCGCACGAUGGAACCGAUUCCCCAGGAGACGACGGUGAUGUUGUUGUGUUGCUGAACAGUUUCCACAGUAAGAUCAUUAAAGUUAGGGUCCAGAAAAAGGCAGAGAAAAUGAAUGAAGAUCUUUUAAGUGAAAUGAGUGAAAGCAAAGGCCUGUGGGACUCCAUAGCAAGGAGAUCUUAUUCGUCUCCAGGCUCCAGACUACAUUAUUAUGCUGUAAGAGCUAGUCUUGCAAAAAAUAUGUGCUUCUGUAGGUAUGUUGUUUGGAGCACUUUUGAGAAAAGCAUCGCAGGAGGAGGCCCCAAGAAGGAUGAUGGCGAAAAAAAGAAGGUGGAUGUUCUAAACAUAUUUUCAGUCGCCUCGGGUCAUCUGUACGAGCGCUUUCUGCGGAUCAUGAUGCUGUCCGUCCUUCGCCACACCGAAACGCCCGUCAAGUUCUGGUUUCUCAAAAAUUACCUCUCCCCUUCGUUCAAGGAGACCAUCUCCCACAUGGCAGAGUCAUAUGGUUUCCAGUAUGAACUGGUCCAGUACAAGUGGCCUCGCUGGCUCCACCAGCAGACGGAGAAGCAACGUAUCAUCUGGGGCUACAAGAUCCUCUUCCUGGACGUGCUCUUCCCACUGGCUGUUGACAAGAUCAUCUUUGUGGACGCCGACCAGAUUGUCCGGGCUGAUCUGAAGGAGUUGCGAGAUCUGGACCUGGAGGGCGCGCCUUAUGGUUACACUCCUUUUUGCGACAGCCGCACUGAAAUGGAUGGCUAUCGCUUUUGGAAAAGCGGUUACUGGGCAUCACAUCUGGGAAACAGGAAGUACCACAUCAGCGCGCUUUACGUUGUAGAUUUGAAGAAGUUUCGCAAGAUCGCGGCUGGCGACAGACUGCGAGGACAGUACCAAGCUCUUAGCCAGGACCCUAACAGCCUGUCAAACCUUGACCAGGACCUUCCCAACAACAUGAUCCACCAGGUGGCCAUCAAGUCUCUUCCUCAGGAGUGGCUUUGGUGCGAGACGUGGUGUAAUGACGCCUCCAAAAUGGCAGCCAAGACAAUAGACUUGUGCAAUAAUCCCAGAACCAAAGAGCCCAAACUGACGGCGGCGGCGAGAAUUGUACCAGAGUGGAUUGGCUACGAUGACGAAAUCAAGCAGCUGCUUAAGGGGAUCCAGCAACGGGAAGACGACAUGACAUUUAGAUCAACACCGUCGCAACGUAACGAAGGCCACAAGCGUGACGAACUAUAGCAAAGGUUUCAGGUGAGGAAACGUGAAGUCGGAUGAUUCCGUUCACACACGGGCUAGGCUUUGGGAUAUUCGUCACGUAUGCAGUCAAUUUGCACCAUCCAGACCUGAUGCCUCAAGUGUAAAUAUUACCAAGUGGGACUUGGCCAGCAGCACACUUUGAAGCAUAAAGGAGAAAGAUCAGGUUUGUGCUAGCAUACAUUGCACUGAAAUCCUGUCUUAAUAUAUGACAUUGGAAAAAAAUAGUUUUUGGAAUGUUCAAAUGUGCCCUCCGAAGAAAAUCAGUAAACCCCCCAAAAGAUUGACCAUUAUGGUCGUUGUUAGUUGACAGAGAAUCACUACUGGAAAAGAAAAAUAUACUUGUCAUUUACUACACCGUAGUGCAAAGGCACCAUCAACAAAAAUUGACUUCAUUAUCCUAAAAUGAAUUUCUUGACAUUAUGACUUCAUCCAGUAUUUUUAAGUAUUCGUAUGAUGGUUAAGAAAAAUCCUUUUUUUUUUUUUU